CGCCAAAGCAUGUAUUACUCAAAUAAACGAAGUGAAGCGAAGAAGUGAAUUCGGUGGAAACACUCUACCAAAACCAAACUAUUUUACGUGUGUGUGGACUUUUAUAAGUGAAAUAAAGUGAAAAUGCCAGCAGUUGGAAUCGAUCUUGGUACGACAUACUCCUGUGUGGGUGUGUGGCAACAUGGAAACGUGGAAAUCAUCGCCAACGACCAGGGAAACCGAACGACACCAUCCUAUGUCGCGUUUACGGACACGGAGCGACUCAUCGGGGAUGCUGCGAAGAACCAAGUCGCUUUGAACCCGAAUAACACCGUUUUUGAUGCAAAGCGACUGAUCGGAAGGAAAUUCGACGAUCCGAAAAUCCAACAGGACAUGAAGCACUGGCCUUUCAAAGUUGUCAACGACUGUGGGAAGCCAAAAAUACAGGUCGAGUUCAAGGGUGAAACCAAACGUUUCGCGCCGGAAGAAAUCAGUAGCAUGGUGCUGACUAAGAUGAAGGAGACAGCUGAGGCGUACUUAGGAACCACAGUUCGGGAUGCCGUUGUGACCGUUCCAGCGUACUUCAACGAUUCUCAACGUCAAGCGACAAAGGACGCGGGUGCUAUCGCUGGUUUGAACGUUCUACGUAUCAUAAACGAGCCCACAGCAGCCGCAUUGGCCUAUGGACUGGACAAGAACCUUAAAGGGGAGCGCAAUGUGUUGAUCUUCGAUUUGGGAGGUGGUACAUUCGACGUGUCAAUUCUGACCAUCGACGAAGGCUCUCUAUUCGAAGUGAAGGCUACCGCUGGUGAUACUCAUUUGGGAGGCGAGGACUUCGAUAACCGAUUGGUCAACCACUUGGCUGAUGAAUUCAAGCGGAAAUACAAGAAGGACCUCAAAGGAAACUCCAGGGCUCUCCGUCGGUUAAGAACUGCUGCUGAAAGAGCCAAACGUACAUUAUCUUCGAGCACUGAAGCUACUAUAGAAAUCGAUGCUCUUUAUGAAGGAAUUGACUUCUACACCAGAGUAUCCCGAGCGAGAUUCGAAGAGUUAAACGCUGAUUUGUUCCGUGGAACGUUGGAGCCGGUUGAAAAAGCUUUGAAAGAUGCUAAACUGGACAAAUCCUCCAUCCAUGACGUUGUACUUGUUGGAGGUUCGACACGCAUUCCGAAAAUCCAGAAUAUGCUGCAGAACUUCUUCUGUGGAAAGAAACUGAACCUAUCCAUCAACCCUGACGAAGCUGUGGCAUAUGGAGCUGCAGUGCAAGCUGCUAUUUUAAGUGGAGAACAGCACAGCAAGAUCCAGGAUGUAUUACUGGUCGAUGUUGCUCCCUUGUCCCUUGGAAUCGAAACCGCUGGAGGCGUCAUGACCAAAAUAGUAGAACGGAAUGCCAAAAUCCCAUGCAAGCAGAGUCAAACGUUCACAACAUACUCGGAUAACCAACCAGCUGUCACCAUCCAAGUGUUUGAAGGUGAACGAGCGAUGACCAAGGAUAACAACCUGCUUGGGAAGUUUGAUUUGACUGGUAUCCCUCCUGCACCCCGUGGAGUACCGAAAAUUGAUGUAACAUUUGACUUGGACGCCAAUGGAAUACUGAAUGUGUCGGCUAAAGAGAACAGUACCGGCCGCAGCAAGAACAUUGUUAUCAAGAAUGAUAAAGGAAGGUUAUCCCAAGCUGAGAUUGAUCGGAUGUUAUCGGAAGCCGAGCAGUAUAAAGAAGAAGACAACCGCCAAAGAGAACGGGUCACCGCUCGGAAUCAUUUGGAAACUUACAUCUUCGGUGUAAAACAAGCUAUUGAUGAAGCCGGGGAUAAAUUGAGCGAGCAAGAUAAAGAACAGGCAAGAAGGGAGUGUGACGAUGCUCUGAAAUGGUUGGACAAUAACUCGCUAGCAGAAAAAGAAGAAUACGAAGAUAAGUUGAAGGAUUUGCAGAGGACUUGUUCACCGUUGAUGAGCAAGAUGCACGGUGCUGGUAGUGGAGGCAACCCUGGCUACCAACAGCAAGGAGCUAAUGGUUAUGGACAGGGAGCUCCAGGUGGCUUCCCGGGUGGACAGGGUGGUUUCCCUGGUGGACAGGGUGGUUUCCCUGGUGGCUUCCAGCAAGGUGGACAAGGUGGUUUCCCUGGUGGCUUCCAGCAAGGUGGUGGUUACCCCGGUUACCAACAGCAACAGCAAUCCUACUCAGGACCAACCGUAGAAGAGGUUGACUAAGAUCUUAAUCAUGGAGUUUGUAAUUUUUUUUCGACUGAUUAGUUCCUAAUUCCUUAAUAGACUGAUUAGUUUAUAAUUUUGUUAUAGGUACCUAAUGUGUUCAUUUAAAACAAUUUGGUGAUCUAUUCUGUGUUCAAUACUCAAUACUCAAUAAAUGGUAAAUUAAAAUGAA